GGGGGCCCACCGCCUCACUUACCUAUAUAUAUGCGGAGCACUCCCCUGGUCCUCCCUCCUCCUCCCUCUUCUCUCUGGUUUCAUGCAAUCGCUAUGCUCUCAGGAUUAGGUUUUGCUCUGUCCUUCUCGGUGCAGUUGCAGAGAUAAUCGAGUUCUGGCGCGAGCUGGACACAUAUCGAAAAAGGCUUUUCAGGAGAAGAAGGCCUCAUGGAAAACCUUUAUGGCCACAACUCGCGACUUGCUAAGAUGAGGGCAUUAACUGGAAAUCUUCCCGUGAUCAACACGCGCACAAUGGACAGUAAUCUGCUGCAGGGGAGAGGCCGCCAAAGGCAUUUCCAGAUGAAUCAAAACAUCGAUACAUAUUCACCUAUCAUCAAGUUUCUGUUAAAAUCUCCAUCAUCAGCUGUGGAGAACAACGAUUCCAUCUCACCGGUUAUGGUUAAUAUGGAGGAAGACACACUGGUGGUGGAUGGUGUCUUACUGGCAUCGGAUUCUGGAGGAUCCUCUUCGGGUGACAGUCGGCACAAGAGGGCAACUUAUCGAGCAGGAGAGGAGAAUUGUCUCUUCUCUUAUGGAUCAAGACGGCAUCAUGUUCAUGGAAAAGGAGAGCAGGCGCAGCGGUUCUCCCCUUCUGCCAUGAAGGUCAACCCUGAGGCGAGCAGAGCAGUAUUCACAAGAGUAGAAAUGGCAACCACCACAACCAACAGACCUAGACAAAUCCACUACUCUUCCGGCAGAACAAUGUGCCCUCGCGACUGGUCACCGCAGGAUGAUGGCAUUCAGAUCACUUUACCUUGUCAUCCCGGUGUAUCGCCAUCAAGGGAAGAUGUAGAUACAUACAUUCAACAUUUUCUGGAUGGCCAGUCUCAUACUACAAAGAGGUUGCCGGUCUUCAAUGAAAUACGCAGCCCAUAAAGCUCCACUUUGUUUGUGCCAACCCCCAGCACCUGUUUCGAC